AUGGUACUGAAGGGAUGUUUAAUUUGCUGUCUGCACGGUCGUCAAUGUGCUGCGGCGAAGGCGAUUGCCAGUGAACGACGUCGACGUCCUCCGGUCAGAAGGCGUCAUCGACCCGAAACAGAAUCUGAUGAACGAAAAGAAUUCGCUCAAGUGAUGAAGUAUGUGGAAGAAUCGCCCAGAAAUUCAUCUAUGAAUCGAACAAUAACAUCGGCAGAUUUAGUAAAAAAGCAAACAACCGGGAAAAAUGCAGAGCGAAAAAUCCGGGAAACAGAUGAAGACGAAAUAGAGGAUCGAUUGCCGACUAGUACUAAAAAACACGUUCGAAAGAGCAAAUCCUUGUAUCACGAUAUCAAAGGCCAGCCAUUCCGUACAUCAGCAAAGCCGCUCUUGAAGGAAUAUCGUCUCCGUACCAAACUCACCGUGAUUUUUCAGGAUCUCAGCAGUGUGAUCGGUUCACAACUCUACGCCAAACAUAAAUUACAGCAUAGCCACUCAUUCACUGAAUUGAAGUACAAACCGCUCAAUGCUCUAGCGCAAUCACGAAGUGAUAUUUCAUCGUCCAGCGAAGAGACUAGCGACCAAGAUGACGGAAGUCCUCAAUACAGUGAGAUGAUUCUCGGUGAAAGUAGUCCGUCGAAUCCAAAAUCAACCUGUCCUCUGAAACGGUAUUAUAUUGGGGUUGUGAGUCGGAAAACGUCGGAAAUGUUCGUAUGGCGGAACACCGCGUUUAGGGUUUAUCACGAAAUCUCAGAACACGACUCAAGUAACAGUGAAUAUCCUCUGUACAUCGUCUACAAAAACAGUCGUGGAAAGUACUUGUAA